AAAUGCUUCAGCGUAUUUCGUUGCUUUUACUUUUUCAGGAGGGUGAAAGAAUCACAUAGGCUACUGCGUGGUGUCUUGAACUUUACAAAAUGGCAAACAUAGAUCAACUUGAUAAUGACAAUGUCUUUUCCGUGGGUGUAAGUUCACGUAGACGGUGUGAGGUCAGUCAUGAUGGACACAUUAACAUACAAGACCUGACAAUCAAGAUUGAGGAAAAUGCAUCUAAAAUUGUGAACGAUUUUCUCAAAAUAAAAAGAGAUUAUCAUUUAAAGAUUAGAGACUACCUGUUUAAAAAAAUCCCUGUCUAUCCAACCCCCGUUGAGUUUCACAUCUCUGAAUUGACUCAUGUCACUGGCCAACAUGCUCUUCAGGAAAUCUGUAAUUCAAAGGGAUUCAAGGCAAAGGAAGAUGAUACGUUCUCAUGGUGGAGCCUGAAGAUCAAUGAAGAGAGUAUAAAAGAAGCCGAGGAGAGUUAUCUAGAGGAGAUGUUCCCAGACAGAACACAAGAGCAAAGAGAAAACCAAGAGACGUUCCUGAAUAAAUUCACGACAUCACCUGCAUUCGACAUUCAGAAAUCACGCUAUGGUAACUUUCGGUUCACAUUUCCUCUGAAUGAACUGAUGGAAGCGUACAAGAAUCAGAUGUGUGGAGGGAAAGAUCCGGUUCUCAGGGCAUACAAGACCACAUUUUACAAACAAGAGAUCAUGUAUGUUGUUCUUAUUCACAGCCCAGAACUGAAUGAGAAGUUUGAGCAAUUCCCAGAGAUUGAAUCCAGUUCAUUAUUUGAUUAUAAGAAUGAUACAAUUAUCUGGAAAGCACAAGCAAUUUGUAAUAACAUUGAAUAUAAGUUGUUAGUGAAUAGGGAGGAAAAAAUAGCAGAGACUGAACCUUUUAUCAACCAGAAAUACUACUAUGUGUGGGAUCAUGUUGCCUUGGCGUUUCACUUCAGCGGGGUUCUACAUUUCCCUAAAGAAAAGCUUAAAGAGAGCAUCACCUGUUGUGAAAUAGACGAAAUAAACCUUUCAGGAAGUUAUAGCUUGUCCCUUGAAGAAGCUAAAGAAAUACUACAUCGUCUGGAUUUAAGUUAAGCCCAUGACAUAUCCAGUUUAUGAGCACAGGAUUAAUGAAAUAUACUGAAAAAUACAAAUAUGGAAAUCAUGUUUGGUUAAGUUUCUAGAAACAUUUUUAAAACUGUAUGUUUAAAAAAUAAGUUAACUCUUCAAACUUGUUACAAGCAUCUGCAAUAAUGCUGAAUUGAUUAACUGUUGGUUUGUUUGAUUUAUAAUAUAACCAUUUGUUUAACUAAUUUGUCUUAGUCUGGAGUCUAACUUUAACCUGACAGGCUAACACUUUUUGGUUUAGACUAGAUUUGACCCUACAUUUUACACUACAACACUAGAUUUUGGGGGUGAAGGAUCCUACCUUAGAUCCUCACCUGCAGAAUGUUUUUAUUAUUGUGUUUUUUUAUCUUUAAUCAUUUAUUUACAUAAUCAUCAUAAUCAUUUUAUAAUCAUUAGUUAUUAUCCAUUUAAUUAUUGUAUUUGAUUAUUUAAUAUUAUUCCAUCAUUAUCAAUUUCAUUAUUAUCAUUUUUAUUAUUAAAUUAUUGUUUAUUAAUUCAUUUAUUCAUUAUUGUUUUUUAUUCAUUAUUCAUUCAUUAUUAUC